GUAUCUUUGCGGCAGCCGGUUGCCAUAACACCAAGCAACAUGGCAGAAGCAUCGCAGCUCCCUGGUGCCGGUCCCGGUCCUGAGCCGGUUCUAAUGGAGAACCAGGGGAGUUCAGCGGGGAGUGGAGACAGCGGAACACCGGGGGCCGCUUCCCGGGACAAACCUGUCUGUCUGAUCGUGCUCGGGAUGGCGGGCUCCGGGAAAACCACCUUCGUUCAGAGGCUGACGGCUCACCUUCACACUCUAAAAGCUCCUCCAUACGUCAUCAAUCUGGACCCUGCCGUCCACGAGGUCCCCUUUCCUGCAAACAUCGACAUCAGGGACACUGUGAACUACAAGGAGGUGAUGAAGCAGUACGGCCUCGGACCAAACGGAGGCAUUGUGACAUCACUCAACUUGUUUGCUACGCGCUUUGAUCAGGUGAUGCAGUUCAUAGAGAAGAAGCAGCAGAAUCACAGGUACGUGCUGAUCGACACUCCGGGUCAAAUUGAAGUCUUCACCUGGUCAGCGUCUGGAACCAUUAUCACAGAGGCUCUGGCAUCGUCCUUCCCUUGCGUCGUGAUCUAUGUGAUGGACACGUCCCGCAGCGUCAGCCCCGUCACAUUUAUGUCCAACAUGCUCUACGCCUGCAGUAUUCUCUACAAGACCAAGCUGCCCUUCAUCGUCGUCAUGAACAAGACUGACAUCAUCGACCACAGAUUUGCAGUGGAGUGGAUGCAGGAUUUUGAGGUUUUCCAGGACGCUCUGAACCAGGAAACCUCAUAUGUCAGCAACCUGACGCGCUCCAUGAGCCUGGUCCUGGACGAGUUCUACACCAACCUGAGGGUGGUGGGUGUGUCCGCGGUGACAGGAAGUGGAUUGGACGAGCUGUUUGUUCAGGUGGAGGACGCCGCCACGGAGUAUGAGAGGGACUACCGACCAGAGUAUGAAAGACUCCGCAAACAGCUGGCGGAAGCUCAGAGCGAGAAGCAGCAGCAACAGCUGCAGCGUCUCAGGAAGGACCUGGGAGCCGUUGACAUGACAAACACACCUGUCACAGAGGACGCUGACAUCGCCGGACCCAGUGACCUCAUCAUGACACGUGGUAACCCGGAUGAUGCAGAGGAGGAGGAGGACAGUGACACGGAUGACAUCGACCACAGCGCCACAGAGGAGAGCAAAGAAAGAACUGCCUUCGGAAACUUCCUGAAGGAGAGGAAGGAAGUGGUUCAUGUCCGAAACAGGAAGUGUGCAAUGCCCGAGGGUUCUGACCUCUGACCUCUUACCUCUACAAGCUGACAUCAGACUCUGCCAGGAAACAAGGACAGUAACAGGAGGCAGGUGAGGGAGCAGUUUCCCUCUCCAAGGUAUGGACUAUUACCUGGAACAGAUGCUGUGGACAGUAGAUUCUUCCAUCACAGUCUGAACUGAGCUUCCUGUCUGAUCAGGUGACCUCUGACCCUGUGAUUGGCUGCUCCUCAGUGUUACUCCUUCCUAAAAAAGACAUAUUUUUAUAUCUUCUAUUCUUCUAUUCUUCUUCUCUUGUGUUUUUGUUGACUUUUGUUUGUAAAAGCACUGAAACGUUAAAAUAAAGAGAACAUUUAGUUCAAAA